GCUGGUUCUUCGGAAGGGCUGUAAGGGAACCUUCCCCUUCGCCGGCGUACGUCAUCACCACACGUCCGCGCAGGAAGUGGCGACGGUCCUUACGCGCCGGGCGCUGUUUCUUCUCAGGCUCCGGUACCGGCGGCGGCGCAGGGUGUUUUAACUCAAAUGGGUGAUGAAAAGGACUCUUGGAAGGUGAAAACUUUAGAUGAAAUUCUCCAGGAAAAGAAACGAAGGAAAGAACAAGAAGAGAAAGCAGAGAUAAAACGCUUGAAAAAUUCUGAUGACCGGGAUUCCAAACGGGAUUCCCUUGAGGAAGGGGAGCUGAGAGAUCAUCGCAUGGAGAUUACAAUCAGGAACUCACCAUACAGAAGAGAGGACUCUAUGGAAGACAGAGGAGAGGAAGAUGAUUCUCUGGCUAUCAAACCACCCCAGCAAAUGUCUCGGAAAGAAAAGGCCCAUCACAGAAAAGAUGAGAAGAGGAAAGAGAAGCGCAGGCAUCGUAGUCAUUCAGCAGAAGGAGGGAAACAUGCCAGAGUGAAAGAAAAGGAAAGAGAACAUGAGCGCCGGAAACGCCAUCGAGAGGAACAGGACAAAGCUCGAAGAGAAUGGGAGAGACAGAAGAGGAGGGAGAUGGCAAGAGAACAUUCCAGGAGAGAAAGGGACCGCCUGGAGCAGUUAGAAAGGAAGCGGGAGCGGGAGCGCAAGUUGAGGGAGCAGCAGAAGGAGCAGCGGGAGCAGAAGGAGCGGGAGCGGAGGGCAGAAGAGCGGCGCAAGGAGCGUGAGGCCCGAAGGGAAGUCUCUGCACAUCACCGCACGAUGAGAGAGGACUACAGUGAAAAGAGCAAGGCCAGCCACUGGAGCCGUAGCCCAUUGAGGCCACCACGAGAGCGUUUUGAGCUUGGAGACAGCCGGAAGCCAGUAAAAGAAGAGAAAAUGGAAGAAAGAGACCUGCUGUCUGAUCUACAGGACAUCAGUGAUAGUGAGAGGAAAACCAGCUCAGCUGAGUCUUCAUCAGCAGAAUCAGGCUCAGGCUCUGAGGAAGAAGAGGAGGAAGAAGAGGAAGAGGAAGAAGAAGGGAGCACUAGUGAGGAGUCAGAGGAGGAGGAAGAGGAAGAAGAAGAAGAGGAGGAAGAGGAGACUGGGAGCAACUCUGAGGAAGCCUCAGAACAGUCUGCAGAAGAAGUAAGUGAUGAAGAAAUGAGUGAAGAUGAAGAGCGAGAAAAUGAAAACCACAUCUUGGUUGUUCCAGAAUCGCGAUUUGACCGAGAUUCUGGAGACAGUGAAGAAGGGGAGGAAGAAGUGGGCGAGGGAACCCCUCAGAGCAGUGCCCCGACGGAAGGUGACUACGUGCCUGACUCUCCAGCCCUAUCGCCCAUUGAGCUUAAGCAGGAGCUGCCCAAGUACCUUCCGGCCCUGCAGGGCUGCCGGAGUGUGGAGGAGUUCCAAUGCCUGAACAGGAUCGAAGAAGGCACCUAUGGGGUGGUCUACAGAGCAAAGGACAAGAAAACAGAUGAAAUUGUGGCCCUGAAGCGGUUGAAGAUGGAGAAGGAGAAGGAAGGAUUUCCAAUCACAUCAUUGAGGGAGAUUAACACCAUCCUCAAGGCUCAGCACCCCAAUAUCGUCACUGUCAGGGAAAUUGUCGUGGGCAGCAACAUGGACAAGAUUUACAUUGUGAUGAAUUAUGUGGAGCAUGACCUCAAGAGCCUAAUGGAGACGAUGAAGCAGCCAUUCCUGCCAGGGGAGGUGAAGACACUGAUGAUCCAGCUGCUGAGUGGGGUGAAACACCUUCAUGACAACUGGAUCCUGCACCGUGACCUCAAGACCUCUAACCUACUGCUGAGCCAUGCUGGCAUCCUCAAGGUGGGUGACUUUGGUCUGGCUCGGGAGUAUGGGUCACCCCUGAAAGCCUACACCCCAGUUGUGGUAACCCUGUGGUAUCGUGCCCCAGAGUUGCUGCUUGGUGCCAAGGAAUACUCAACAGCUGUGGACAUGUGGUCAGUGGGCUGCAUCUUUGGAGAGCUGCUAACACAAAAACCCCUGUUCCCUGGAAAGUCAGAAAUUGAUCAGAUCAACAAAGUGUUUAAGGACCUAGGGACACCCAGUGAAAAGAUCUGGCCUGGCUACAAUGACCUCCCAGCAGUCAAGAAGAUGACAUUCAGUGAAUAUCCCUACAAUAACCUCCGAAAGCGAUUUGGUGCUUUGCUCUCAGACCAGGGCUUUGAUCUCAUGAACAAGUUCCUGACAUACUUCCCUGGAAGGAGGAUCAAUGCAGAAGAUGGCCUCAAGCACGAAUAUUUCCGCGAGACCCCCCUUCCCAUCGACCCCUCCAUGUUUCCUACAUGGCCUGCCAAGAGCGAGCAGCAGAGGGUGAAGCGUGGCACAAGUCCACGACCUCCUGAGGGUGGCCUAGGCUACAGCCAGCUGGGUGACGAUGACCUGAAGGAGACAGGCUUCCACCUCACCACCACCAACCAGGGAGCUUCAGCUGCAGGUCCUGGCUUCAGUCUCAAGUUCUAACUCAGCAUCCCUGGCCCAGCCUGGAGGGUGAGGACAGCAUGGAAGCAUGACCUCACCAGCCAUGAAUCAGGGUGCCUGCCUUGGAACUCUUCAUCCUGACUUGGUUUUCCAUGUUUUUUUGUUUUUUUAAUAUAUUUUGGUUUGUAAAUUUGUAGAAUUAAAUCAUAUUUUCCUUCUGGAA